UUUUUUGCGUUUAGUUUCUAACCUUCUACUGUACUCGAUCUUAGCCUUACAUAAUUGUUUUAGGUAUAAUAAGUUUUUGCAGAUGUCUCGAUAUACAAGUAUUUGUACUUUUUCCGUAAGCGAAAGUAUUUACUAUUAAAUUCCACACGGGCCUAGCCUUCCUUAAGCUUACCAACGAAAUGAAAGAGGAACACAAUCAUAAAUAACAUUUUUUAUACUUUUAUAUCUAAAAUGUGAUCUAGUGUUUAUUUUGACAAACACUGUACGUUCCAGAUCCUUCAACCUUUUUCAUAAGCAUGUGUUAAUGGUGUAACAGUUACCUGAAUAGAAGUAGCGUUUCAGCAGGUCAUAAAGGCUUUCGAAACCUUUCUUACCUGUGGGAAAAUCCACUUCAACUUCACUUCACUCAACAGUUCACUCGUUCGUAGUUUGAUGUAUGAAUAGUGCCGUUUUUCGAAACAUCAACUUUAAUUUGUUUACAAUAACCUCUUUAAUUACACCGCACUUCCUAGAAAUUCCAUAAAUUUCAAUAACUUCGUUAAAUAGUUCCAGACUGUACAAACUGACUGAAGGAGAUAGCGAAUAAAGGGGAAACUACGAACCAGAACAUUAUCAACUCUUGAAAUGAAACUUGGAAUAUCAUAAAAUUAAUUUCAAAUGGUUUUCGUUUAAACCAGCGAGAGCAGAGUACAAGAAAUUUAAAAAAAUGCAUUCGCUUGCCACUAGCUUACAAAAAGGAUAAGUCUUUUAAUAUAGUUUUUACUGCAAAUUUGAUCAUUUAUAAGCUUGAAGUUUCAAUUUUAUUGAGUUUUUUAACGCAAACUAAGUUUUUCAAAUGCUUCAACGUCCGCUGGAUGAUUUCACUUCAUUUAUUUUACAAAAAAUGCUCCGUUAGCUCCUCUCUUCACUACUACUAACUUUUCGAAACGAUUUUUUGAAAGUGUAGAUUCCAGUGGACUGGAAGAAACUUCCAUUUCCAAAUGACGACCAUUUGAAAAUUUAUAUUUGUGUAUCCACUUUUUAAAAUAAAACUCACAUGUCUUACAUACUUUUAGGCGCACGAAGUUUAUACUGAAACACUGCACACUCAUUCGAUUCGAUUCGAUUCAUUUCCGAUUUCCAAAGCUUUCAAUCACAUUUAAUUUCAAAUAUUUCGAAAAAUUCAAUUAUGUAAGCAAUUUUCGCCAGCCAAAAUCAAACAAAACAAAUUGUUAAUAAAAUUAAAUAUAAAAAAUUAAAAAUUGCAUUGACCACCAAACGUUUCGACUAUGAGCGGAAAAGUAGGACCACUCUCGCGUAUCUACAAUGGUAUGAUAGGCACCGCAGAUAAAUUUGUACCGACGUCCAUGCGUCCGCUGUGGGAACAUCCAGCAGGUCCGAAAACAGUAUUCUUCUGGGCACCGAUAUGCAAAUGGGCGCUCGUCAUUGCUGGCAUUGGAGAUAUGAAUCGUCCCGCACAUUCUUUAUCAUUGAAUCAAUGUGCAGUUAUAGCCACAACUGGUAUAAUUUGGUCUCGGUACUCGCUGGUCAUAAUCCCUAAGAACUAUUCCUUAUUCAUGGUAAAUAUGUUUGUCGCAACUACACAGCUAUAUCAAGUGGCACGCGCCUUAAAUUAUCAGUAUGGCUUGAAAGAUAAACCGGAGUGAAGAGUAUUUUAUAAAAAAAUUAAUAUUUGUCGUUCAAGUCUAGUGGGAAUGAAAAUGAGCAGUUUGGUAUCACCAAAUUUUUGCUCGUUAAAUAGAUGCCAAGUUCAAAACAAGAUGAACAAAAAACAUCGCAUUAUAUAAAUCUUGUUUUACGUUCUUGGAUUAGGUAUUUUCAGUGAGUUGUGCUGUCAUCAAUGUUUUAUACUUAAUCGGCUUCGAGAAAAAUUAAACUUAGAAUGUACUUUUCAGUAAUAGCGACUAUUCCUUA